UGCCUGGAUACCUGUAUGAAGUUGUUACAGUUAGCAGAGAAAACAGGUCUUGUCAGAAGUGAAAAUUUCAAGAAGUUCUCUUCCCCCCCCCCCCCCCCUUUUUUUUUUAAUAAUAUAUUAUAGUGUCUUAUGAAAAGGCCAGCUGUUUCUGGUCUCGCAGUAAACUGAAAUGAUUGGUCAGUAAUCAAUGUAGCUCAAAUUCAAAGAGCUGCUUUCUGAAGAUCCUGCUUGUAAAUUUAGAUAGUGGCAAAGCACUGCGUGUAUUUAAAAGACUUUAAAUACAAAGGGGGGGAAUAUUAAAUAGUUUGCUCUUAUAUAAAGUGUGGAUAAUAUUGCCAAGUUCUAUUCUAUUCAUUAUUUUGUAUUGAAGGGCCAAAUCAUACUGCUCUGUCAUUUUAUAAUUGAAUAAUAGUCUAGUGAUUCACAGAUACUUAUGUGCAUAAGAGGUGGUAAAACUAAACCAAUUAAGUACUAUGCAAAGAUUAGACUGGAAAAGGGGAAAAAAGCCGCAAAGGAGCAGAUUUAAGUGUUUUUCACAUUUGCAUGUAUACGUCUGAAGAGAGGAGGUGUAGGGAUAGUUUAGUUUCAUUUUGCAUCAAAAUGUUUGUUGCUCCUGCUGACUUUAACUUUUAAAAUACAGCUGGAUAUACUUAACUCUUAACUGAAUUUCAAUCCUUAAUAUGUUUUAUUUUGUACAGGGAUUGCAAUUUGCUUAAAAUCAUUAAUGUAUUAAAUGCAGUGCAUUUUGACCUAAAAACUUGUCCCAGAUUUCAUUCACAAGGCUAAACUAUUUAAUUUUUUUUGAAUAUUUAGUCCCAGUUCACUAAAGUGUACAGGUAUUAGAUGCUUCAUAAAACUACACUGACCUUUGAAUACUACAGUGAAUCAGUAUCCACAUCUUAAACUCUAUAUUACAACCUGGCUAAAUUCUUUCUAAGACAUCACACCGCUUUAGAUUUUUCAUUGGACUCAGUUUUAUUUUUUUCUGAAUUUGAGAAAAUAUGCUGUAGUAUGACAAAUAAAUUAAAUUUUGUAUAUUAAGGAAGUUGUGUUAAAUUGAUGUGAGUGUGUGCUGGAUUAUGCAGGGCUUGAAGUUUUUGGUAUUAAGGUAUUCUGAAAGUGCUAUCAAAUAUGGUUAUAGAAAUACAAAAUGGCUUUCAUGGCUAGUGUUACAUUUUUUGCACUGACCCAUUACGUAAUACUACUGUAGUAAUAGUGUAAGAUUAAAUCUUUCAAUAAAUUGAGUUUUUCUAAUUGGCUUUCCCUUAGAGCUAAAUUCAAUUUACCAUUUAAAAUUCUCUCAUUCUGAAAAGUAAAUAUUUUUUUAAAUAUUCCUUCAUACUUAUAAUUUCUAGCCCUGUGACAGAAUCGAAGAAGCUCUUGAUUUGUCUUGAAUUUUUUUUGUUUCUUAAAGGGGUUGUGUUUUAUACUACCUUUUUAAUAAACAAACUUAUAAACAAGCUAGUCUUUGCUUCUCUGAUCAGUGUUUGAAAGAACGUAUUUAGGCUAAUUCCGCGUUUGAUUUGUUUAGUAAUUUUUUUUGUUAAGACCGCAUGAAUGAAUAUUUAUAAAUUGUGGUUGAACAGUAAUUUUAAUGCAUGUGUACAUAUACACGGAUAUUUUAGAGCCAGACUUUGUAUCUCUGAUAAGGUUACUUUACAAUCUAUACAUUCUAUUUUUUUCUCUUGUGCUAUAAAAGUUUCUGAAAAUGGAUAGGCAGACUAAAACCAAACUGAAUUCCACCCAGAAUUGCAGCCUCUGCUGGGUAACUCGCAUCAAGAUGACAGGGUUGAAAGUGUUUAGGACAGAGAAAGUUAAGUUAAGCGAGCAACCUAACACUUGUAUUCUGUUGAGCAGAUGCUUUUUGUUGCACCCACAUACACGGCUGUAGCCAUCACUUCAGUGGGACCAGAAAGCAGAGGGAUGGAUGUAAGGUGGGGAAGGAGAAAGGGAAAAUGGAAAAUAAGGCAUCUGGGGGUGGCAUCUAACAACCUUUCCUCUUCAAUGUUGAAUACAAUCUAUAUAAGUGACUUCAGGUAUGUCUGACCUUUUGUAGGAAGGUAACAUUUUUGACCCUGGUCAUGUAUCCAGUGGUUCUUUGCCACGUUUUUUUUUUUACUAGGAACUGUUCUUCAAUGUAGAUAUUGUCUCCUUGAUUGUGUACACACUGUCAACAAAAUCCUAUUUUUAAAAGCCCAUUUUCCUCAUUCCUGAAACCACCUAACCUGGUUGACUUGUUGGAGUGCAUUUCAUGCAUUCUUAGUACCAAGCUGAAGGAAACGCCUAGUUCAGUCACAGCUAGAGGGGUAGAAAGCAGCUAGGGAGUUCAUGCACACUCCCUGCAUUCUCCUGCAAAGCGCACACGUCCAUGCUGGGAAAGGAUCACAGACGCCACUGCAUACCACAGCAUGACUGUUCAGAGUGUGGAUAGUCUCCCAGUGCGGCGCAAUUGAAGGCAGUAAAAUAAGGCACGGCUAGUUACUGAAGAUGGAAGCAGAAAGGAAAAACUCUCCAACACUGAGUAAAAGCAAACAGCCUGUGAAAACAGAAUGGGGGUCUCAGAGUGUUGUAUUUACUUACUUUCAAGGGGACCUUAACAGUGUGAUAGAUGAACACUUUUCUAGAGCGUUAAGCAAUGCCAAGAACCCACAAGAUCUGAGCACAAAGCAUAAGAGUGAGGAUGUUACCCUGAAGAAUGAUAGCCACAUGUCUCCCCAUCAGUGGAAUUUCUCUUCUCAUUGGACCAAGUCAUAUCAGUCAUCUCCUGCUACAAACACAUCAAAUUCUGAUCUGAAUUUGUCGGCUGCUGCUACAGACCACCAUCAGGCAUCAGUUUUGCGGAAUCCUCCUAUUCAGCCUGCAGAUUUGUGGCACUUCCCUUCGAUAGCUAAUCCAAGUCUUACUGAUUCAGGAUAUCCUCGCUCCUUGCCUGACCCUCAGAUGGUGCAGGGACCAAUGUCUGAUGGGAAAUAUGGUUCUCUUCUUGAUUUUCUGCAACAGGAAAGGUGCCCAGCAUCUAGCCAGGAAUCUAUUAUGAAGCAAAGCUCUAGUUCAGCCUGUAUUACUGGAUCAGCUAGGUUACAAAAUAUGAGUCAAAGUUUAACUCCUGGGGGAGAAAGGAAAGGCAGCUCCUAUCAAAGCCCAGGAAACCCCAGCAUCACUCUUGCCAGUUCAGGUAUCCAGUCCCAGGAUAGAAGACGAGACUUAUACUUUUAGCCAACGGACAUUUCUGCUUUAUUCCUAGAGAGUUCUUUCUGUGAACUUUUAUAAUUGUGAAUCAGGAGGAAAUAGACCACAGCCAUUCUGUGUUUUUUCAUCAGCCAGUUGCAUGACUACACAUGCUAAUAUACUAUUUUGUAAAUGAGAGUGAUGUACUUCUAAGUAAAUAACUUCCAGCCCGUGUGAUUCUACCAUAGUAGUUUGCCUUGUAUAAAUGAAAUACAUUUGACUAGAGGAGAGUUGCCCUUGGGCCCUCUAAAGACUCCUAGCACUUUAAAAUCCCCCUACAACCAUUUGUUUACCAUCCUUUGGAAAGAAUUACCGCCCAUUACCAUUAUAGAGGGAUGCAUUCAAUGCCACAAGUUUUCAUGUCCUCACACUUGCAAGUUCCCUGACUUGGCAGCUGGAUUUGAACUUGUUUAAAAUAGCUCAAGUGAGUCUGUUUACAAGGGGACUGAAAAUGAGAAACAAGCCAACAUAGCCAAGAUCAUUUCUCCCCCCGUCCCCGUCUUUAGAGAUUUGGAAACAUUAGGGGUCCAAUACUUGGAUUCAUACUUUCAAUUCAUCCAUUGGAGACUCAAGGCUAUAUGGAGGCAAUGCAGGGUCAGUGGGC